CGGCCCUCUGCGGCGUUCCUCGGUGACGUCACGGCAUUUGGCCGGCUAAUAGCCCGUGGGCGUGCCUGAUUUGUACGUGUGCUCGCUGGGUCGUGUAGUUCGUGUUGUGACGUCGGCCGGGGAGACUGUUAUCAUGGACAAUCUGGAUGAGCUUCUUAAAGAGACUGAGCAACUUGCAAGACACAUGUCUAUGUACCAGCAUGACAUCCCACCCGACUUAGUGACUACUGACUCACAAGGCAAUGAGGAAUUAAUACAACGUUAUGAAGAACUGUGGGCGCAGGUUGGGCAGUGCCAGAGCCAGAUCAUGAUGAUGGAACCAGAAGUGCUGCCUGAUUCUGAUGUGCAGCUGGUUUUACAAAUGAUGAAAGUAAAGGCUCUCACAGCUGAGUAUGAGCAGUGGCAAGAGACCUCCCCUGAAAUAAUCUCCAACAACCAGGAUAUUCUGCUAGCUGCUGGAAAAGAAGAGUUGCAAACUGUUGAUCGAGACCUUGAGAUGAUGCUCUCCACAGUCCGGGCCGAGAACAAAAAACUGAAGAGUAACUUGGAAAAAGAACAACGCUGGUUGGCAGAACAAGAGGAAGUAUUUGAAGCACUGAAAGGCAAGCUAGAGGAAGUGAAAAAACAGAACGAAAAUAUUUCUGAGAAAAGUGCAUUUCAAGAACUGAAAAAUAAACUCAAGAAACUGAAAAAUUAUAAGGAAGAACUGCUGACUGCAUUUGGAGAGUUCCUAGCAGAGUACUUUCCUGUUCCCGAUGAGCAUACAAGGAGUUUUAAGAAGAAAAAGGGUGUCUCUGAAGAAUCUCACGUGGAGUGGGUAAAUCUACAUGUUAUUUUGGAGACUCUCAUCAACCAACUGAUGAACACCCCCAACGACCCCUAUAUUAUAAUAAAGGAUGAGUACUGGCCUCCUUAUAUUGAGUUGUUGCUCCGCUAUGGAAUUGCUCUGAGGCAUCCCGCAGAUGCACAGCGAAUACGCCUUGAAGCUUUUCACUUAUGAACUUAUUUAUUUCCCCCCACAGUCUGUAAAAUAAAGUUUU